CUUCCUUUCCUUUCGUCGUCCUGUGAUCUUUCAUGGCGUCCUCUCGCAAGGCAAAGAAACACGAGGAGGAAGAUGAGACUUUCGAAGAAGAGCUUGAAAGGUUUGAUGAUUUCACCCUUGCCUCUUCGUGGGAAAGAUUCAUAUCUGAAAUUGAGGCUGUUUGCCGGUCAUGGCUGGCUGAUGGAACAAAGAAUUUGUUGGACAAAGGUGCAAUUAACUUGGGCUCUCCAAAAAACUUAUAUAAGGUUAAGUCUGAGUUGAAGUAUGGUAUGAAGAGCUAUUGUAUGGAAUACUUCUUUGAAACCAGUAGUGAUGGCAAAGAUGUGGAUUGGAAUGAUGAUUUGCAUGAUCUGCAAUUAUCCUUUGGGGUAAAGACAUUUCUGGUGAUUGCACCUCUAAGUGCCAGUGGGGUGGUCCUUGAUGCACCUGAGGGUAGCAAACUUCUAAGUGCUGUUUCAAUUGCUUUGUCAAAUUGUGGAAGUAUGUGGCCAGCAUUUGUUCCAGUGCAUGAUCCUUCUCGGAAAGCUUUUAUUGGAAUACAAAAUAUGGGAACAGUUUUUACCAGACGUUUUGAGGCAGAUCGUAUUGGUAGUCAGGUUCCAGUAAAACUCCUGCAUUUAGAGGGGCUAUAUGAGUUGUUUGUUUCUAAGUUUGCUUUCUCCACAAUGGACUUAUCAAUGCAUCUUUUUAAAGUACAUUUCACGAUGAAGCUAACCUACAGAACACCUCCUCAUGAUGAUGAUGAUGAUUUACAUGGAGGUGAACCUGAAAUUACAGAAACUGGAGAUCCUUCUGGUGACACCCGUAGUAAAACACAGUGGGAUGAUGAUUGCCCUUGGAGUGAGUGGUAUUCUGCAGAAGAUCCUGUAAAAGGGUUUGAGUUGAUUACCAUAUGGUCAAAUAAGAUGAUAGAAAACUCUCUYGAGAUGGCAGAAAUAGAAAAUGCUUCAUCGCAUGAGGCUGAUAAAUGGCUACUUACUCCUCUUUUGUCUACAUAUAUAAGCGAUGAAUCUGAAGGAAAUACAAUUGGAUUUUCUUCACAAUUGCGCCUUUUAGUAAGUGCAUUGGAAAUGUCCUUUGAGGCUCAGUUUAUGGAAGAUUUUAUAUCAGUUGAAAGCUCAAGUUCCGAUAAUUUAAAGUCCUCCACAGCAAUACCUCCUCCAACAGUUCUGGAUCGUGUACUCAAAGAUAUUUUUCAUGAUGAUACAGGAGUGCAGCCCUCAGAUUAUGUCAAGGGUGAGCAUAAGAAUUCUCGUGCUAUUAAAGGCGCACCUCUAGAUUCACUUUUUGCCCAAUUUUGUUUGCAUGCACUUUGGAUUGGCAGCUGCAAUAUACGUGCCAUAGCAGUGCUUUGGGUAGAAUUUGUUCGAGAAGUUCGUUGGUACUGGGAGGAGUCACAACCAUUGCCCCGAAUGCUAACCAAUGGUGCUAUUGACCUGUCAACAUGUCUCAUUCACCAGAAACUGCAAAUGUUGACGAUAUGCAUUGAGAAGAAGGGACAACUGAAUAACAAUCAUCAAGAAAGCCCUGGAAGAAAAAAUCAUGCUUCUGGUCAUAUUAAGGAAGAUUGUCAGGCUGUUGAAGACCAAACUGAAAUGCGGAAUUCUACAAAGAAGUUUGAUGUGAAACAUGAUAGCCCUUUGAGAACAGAAGGUCAACGCGGUGGUAGGAAAGCUGUAACAAGGUCUGGUGCUGAGCCUGGAAAUGUAAUGGCAUCUGCAAAUACAAAACCAGAAGAAUGUACCAGGAGGGGUUCAUCUGGUGUUUUUGGGUCUAUGAUGCUUUUGAAUUCUUACGAGAGGAUGCAUGCUCCAUAUACUCAGGAUGCACCAAUUAUGACAGAAGAUAUGCAUGAAGAGCGACUCCGUGCAGUGGAAGCUUUUGGCUCUGCAUUUAGCUUUUCUGCUCAAUUGGAGAGAGAGAUCUUGUCAUCAGAUAUGUCUGCAUUCAAAGCAGCAAAUCCAAGUGCUGUUUUUGAAGAUUUUAUUCGAUGGCAUUCACCUGGAGACUGGGAGAGUGAUGAAAUUGAAGAGAGUAAAAGUUCCAGUGAUCAUGCAAUGGAAGGACCAAGAGACAGCUGGCCUCCUCGGGGAAGGCUUUCACAGCGCAUGUCUGAGCAUGGAAAUUCAUGGUGGCAAAUUUGGAAUGAAGCCCCUGCUUUGCCUGCUUCUGAGCAGAAGCCUCUUCUUGAUCCAAAUCGAGAAGGAGAAAAGAUACUUCAUUAUUUGGAAACAUUGCGGCCACAUCAUCUGCUUGAACAAAUGGUGUGCACAGCCUUCAGAGCAUCAGCUGACAGUCUAAACCAGACCUCUUUCGGGGGACUAAAACAGAUGACUACCAAACUAGCACAGAUCUACCUGACAAUGGCAUCAAAUUUGAAAUAUUUGCAAGCAAAUCUUUUACCUGAAAAAUUUGAAGUUGUUGAUGACCUAAGACGACUCUGUGUCAUCUUUGAACAUGUUGAGAAGUUAAUAGUCCUUGCAGCUUCUAUUCAUCGUAAGUUUGCAGAGGUACCACGCCUCUCAGGAGCAAUUUUUGGAGACUUGUACAAUUUUUAUGUUCCAAGAAUGGGAAAUAGCAUAACUGGGAGUGAUGAUCAGAAGGAGUUCAACAUGAAGCAACAGGUGAGGAUGAAUGAGAGACAAACUGUGGCAAAUAUGUUUCCAUCACCCACUGCUAACCAGUCAUGGAGGAAAGUUCUAAGCAUGGGCAAUCUCCUUAAUGGCCAUGAACCAAUUCAAAGGGAAAUCAUUUUUUCCAUGCAUGAAAGCAUGAGAGGCAGUCACUAUGGGGCCCCUUCUCCCAGGAGCUGCCACCAAGACAUAGAAACACAUCGAAUGUAUAUUUGUGGAACAUCUAAUGACCUCCGAGUAGCACUUUCUGUCACCUCUUGUGAUUAGUCUCUACCUGUUUCCAGUUUUUUUUUUUUUUUUGUUUUUAUUCCUGUUUUGGGUAGAUUGGACAUCUACCAGUGCUAUUUGGGUCCCUUAGUUGAAGCAAUGUGAUUGUUCUUCCAAGGUCAAGAGUGUUGGAUGGGAAUGGAAUUCUCCAACCAAGGAAUUGAAAGAAUAUAUCGUGCUUCACUACAUGCUUGAGGACAUAGGAAUCUUUUUAUUUUCUUUUUACUCAAUUUAUAGGUGUUACAAUCUUGGUGGUGGAUGCUUGACAUCAUCCUAUUAAUCGUAGAGAUUUUUAGGGUGGGAGAAAUUGCUAGAAAUGUUGAACUACUACUUCACCCUUUUCUCUGAAGAAGAAGAAAGGAAAAUAACCCUAUCAGGCGGGUGUGGAAAUACGUUUAAUUCGAAGUUUCAGCUAGUGGCCGUGUAAAAUGAAACCGAUUGAUUGAAAUGAAAAAAUAAAAAGGUUUAAGUUCUUAUUUA